AUGCCUAAGCCGACGCCUGUCGAGGACUUGAUCAUCCCCCCUCAAGAUCAAAAGAUAUGUGGGACAAUAUGUGUGUGUCAAAUGACAGCUGUGCUGAGUUGUGUCGCGAUUGUGUACCUCACGGUGGCUAUUUACAUGCCGUACUCCCGCGCUAUAGCAUCAGGCAUCGAUCCUACUCCAAUUAUGUGUACGACUACUCGGGCUGUAAAUAAAGAUAACUGCGACUGGGGAUCCUGCGGAGAAUGGUGUUUGAGCAAAACCUCCGGCGCUUGCAUCCAAAUAUACGUAAAUGUCAGAAAGAAUGGCUCAUCUUUACUUUUGUCCGAAUGCGGCAGCGCUGCAAACAAAACAUGCUACGGAAUAGAUCAAGAAAAUGCUCGAAAGUACCACUGCAUACGAGAUGAAUGUAGGAAUCUAACUGGAACCUUCAAUUGCACCGAAGGAAAAUGUAUAAACAUAACCGAUGCAUUCGAAUGUGCGUUCAGAGAAACAGAUCCACCGUUAAAAUGUUCUGGAAGGAGAGGGAAGAUUACAUGUAUAGAUGUUCACGGAUUGUUUUCGUGCACAAGAGGCACUUGUAGAAAAAUAAGAACACCGUAUAAUUGUGAUCGGAGAUGCGUUGAUAUCCCGACCCGAAAUAAGAAUGUGAUAGUUUUGAGUGGGGACAGAGUAUUUUUGGCGAAAUGUGCUAAAUUAGCUCAAGAGGAUGGUGGUGCGGUCGUCUGGACUGAUAAUGGGGAGGAAGUGUUAAUGUUGUCAUGUCAUGCAGUCCAUAAUGGCACAUCCGGUGUUGUGGCUGUAGAUUGUAUCAAUGCGGCUUUGUUACCCCGCAAUGACAUCUCUGAUUUGACCAAUUUUACCUACCUUCAAUAUUUAUAUACAAUGAGAGCUACACCAAAUCGUUUCAUAGCUCCAUCUGAAGUAGAGCUAACCUUAGCCAAUGAUAGCCGCCUAAUGAUUAAUCUCGAAGGAUGUGUCAAUACACUAGCUGACGAAUGUAAGGAAUUUCUUAAAGAUUACGGAAGAGAUGGAGCUGAUCAUAACGCCAAAGCCAGAUUCCCUUGUUUUUACACUGACAAUGAUUCUGAAACUGUGGUUGCAAGAUUUGACUUAGAUGCCACCUAUCGUCAAUUUAUAGUGGCACUGAGUUUACCAACAGUAUUGGUGUUUGUGUCGUGCAUAACAUUGGUAUUGUGUCAAAAGACUAUUGAAGUUGGCGAUGAUGCAAAGAUGAGAUUUAAAGCAUUUAAGAAAGGAGGUAUUCAAGCUGACAUGCAAAUGUCUCCAAAUGAUCCUGUUUCUCCACUCUGA